ACAUUCACGUCUUGCCUUUUCAAAAGCGCACUGAUUAGCCAUGCCCGGCCGUGAUUAUAAACACAACGUGGUUCUGUUUAUAAGCUCUGAAAUGAUACACAGAACUUAGCCAGAUAGACGGCUGUGCGUACAUUGCGUAACUAUUUGUGUAACAGAGUGCACGCUUUGCAACACCAUCGAGUCGCGAGCGUUGUUCACCGCGCAGCGGUGACAUUUAAAAUUGCCGCAAUUUAAUUAGAGACAAUAUUUAGUUUGUCUUUUUCAUGGUUCGCAAGUAACAAAUCAGUAUUACCAAGUGACAAUGGUAAUUGUCAACAGGUUCCCGUCAGCAGUCCUGCAAAUAUGAUUGUUUUGAAUGAGUCAUUGUAAUAUGCUGAACAUGGGUCACUCAUUAUAUCGGUUUACAAACGCAUUUUAGUUAUUGUAAUAUUACUGAGCAGACAGUGAUAUUACGAAGUGGUAGAUAUAAGCGUACACAUGCAGAAUGUACAACGUAAAAAUAUAUAUAUACGUAAGGUCAUGCAUGUAGAGGUGUAGAUACACAUCACGCGUUACAAUUGCAGAGUACACAAACAGAAGCAGUUCCCACGACACUUGUUGCAAGUGGCAGCACUGCGAGUCUGCGUUGGUUGCGUAUGGACCGCAUCAGUCUGCCCGCGGCCCCGUUGCCCUCCGAGAUAAAUUGGGUGAGGACAUUCCGCAACCCUUCCUGGGGAACUCGGCCUAUGAUGAGUGCCCCAGACCUCCUGGGGCGGGAGAAAGGAAGUCGGAACUCCCAGGCACACAAUACCAAGCACCCCCACUCGCCGCGAAUCACCCAACCCCUCCCUGAGGUUUAUAAAUAUGUUCUGCCUCAGCUGGCAAAAAGGGGCUUUUAGCAGCAUGCUCCUCCGUGUCAUGGUGCAAACAGGAAUACAUUCCACCAGGCAUGCACCACUAACAAAUGUCCAGCUAAAGUAGGAUUACGUAACAGGAAUUGGGUAUUUGUACAUUUUUUUGUAUAAAUUGUUUUUUGCGGAAAGUUGAAUUUACGUCAGUGAAAUAAGCACUGUCCUUUGUAAACACAUAUAUAUAUUGCGUGCUUAUUGAAAGAAAAAAAAAGACAACCCGGGGGCAAACAUUUUAACGGCAAUUUUUUUUUCUUCCCAUCAUCGUUAACACAGCAGUGGUGCUUCGCCCGAAGAGUACAACGCCGGUGCUGCUGUCGAGAGCGCGUGUACACCACCCCCCCCCCAAAAAAAAAGAAUCUGGUCGAGAACAGCCUUGCAGAGCCUUCGCGCAACACGAUGUGGUCCUGCCUCUGGCUGGCCGGCACCGUCCUGAGCGUCGCGGCGGCGCUAGAUCGUGGCUCCGAGCGGCCGGACGACCCCUUGCCCUCGCCGCAGGGCUACCACCGGCUGCGGCACGCCGGCUGCACCUACACAUUCCUCCUGCCGGAGCUCGACUCGGACUGCGGCGGCGCCGGCAGCGGGGAAGACGCCGAGGCACGCCACGGCGUCCAGAGGGACGCCCCGCCGCUCGACGGGGACGCGUCUCUGCAGCGGCUGCAGCUUCUCGAGACUGCCGUUGGCAACGUCACUCGGUGGCUGCACAAGUUGGAAACACGCGUGCAAGAGAACGCAGGCAAGGCAGGCUUCCUGCACAACCUCUCUGUCGAAGAAGCCGGAGAUGUGGGCUCGAUGCUGUUCGCUUACAGCCAUGAGCAGAACCAGUGGAUAGCCAACAUCGAGAUGCAGGAAUUGAAAAUGUGCAAACAGUCCGUCUCAUUUUACAUUCUGCAGCUCGUUAAUCAGACAUCAAAGUUGGAGAUGAAGGUUUUGGAAAAUGCCCUGUCUAUGAACAAGCUGGAAAGGCAGGUGCUGAUGCAGAAACAAGCGAUUGAACACCUGCACGAGAAAAACAGCGUGCUGGAAGGGAGGCUCACAGCGAUGCAGGACAGCCACGAGAUGAAGCUCCAGAUGAUCGUGCAGGAGAAGCGGCAGCUCCAGAAGGUGGUGGAGGACCAGGCAGUCGUCGUGUCGCAGGUCGAGAGGCACCUGGAGGAGGCCGAGAGGAACAGUUCCCUGCUGCAGCAGCAGCAGCAGGAGAUGAUGCACACCCUGCAGAGCGUUCUCAACAUGCUGACUCAUGCAGCAGUGAAUCAGCAAAGUGCCAAUGACGAAGUAAAGACUGAAUUCCAGGACUGUGCCGACCUCCAUCAUUUGGGGAAAACGAACAGUGGAAUUUACAGCGUCUCGGUGCGGAACAUGAGCGAGCCCUUUGUCAAGGUCUAUUGCGACAUGGAGACCGAUGGAGGUGGAUGGACUGUAUUCCAGCGCCGGAAAGAUGGCUCUCUGGACUUUCACCGCACCUGGAAGGAAUAUAAAUUGGGAUUUGGAGACCCCGUGGGCGAGCACUGGCUAGGAAACGAGGUGGUCCAUCAGCUGACCAGCCACAAGUCGUACGUGCUCAGGGUGGGACUCAGAGACUGGGAAGGUCACGAGGCUUUCUCCCUCUACAACAGCUUCGCGGUCGAGAGUGAGGCACACAACUUCAGGCUGCACGCGAGAGGCUACUCGGGCACGGCCGGCAAAUUCAGCAGCCUGGGCAUGGGCAACCCCGAGUUCAGCACCAGAGACGUGGACAACGACGCCUGUGCUUGCAAGUGCUCCCAGAUGAGCAGUGGAGGUUGGUGGUUUGAUGCUUGCGGCCCUUCCAACCUCAACGGAGCCUACUACGGUGGUGGCCAGUACAGAGGUCGCAUCAACGGGGUCAAGUGGCAUUAUUGGCGAGGGGUCAACUACUCCCUGAGAGAGACGGUCAUGAUGAUCCGGCCCAAGGACUUUUAAGCAGCCUUACAUUUGCCCUUUACCUCGACCCUGAGCAAAACUUUUAAACACUUCAGGCGAAUGACAUGUUAAAGAAAAAAUGUAAGCAUUUACGUUCAUGAAAAAAAA